AUGGCGCCCUCUCUCCUCGAUCCCAGUCUCAAUCCCCCCACAGCCGCAACCCCGGCCAAACAUUCUACAGAGACCAUUCUCACACCUUUCCCAAACCCUUCUCUCCAAGUCACAGCCGAUCACAAGCUCAAAUCCAUUGAUGCGCCAGUGUAUGCCCCAAAGCACGGCGAAGUUCUACUCCAAAUCAAGGCAACUGGAGUCUGCGGUUCCGAUCUUCACUUUUGGAAAACCGGCUGCAUUGGAGAACUGAUCUUCAAGGGCGAUUGCAUUAUUGGACAUGAAGCUGCAGGCGUUGUCUUGAAAUGUGGCGAGGGAGUCACCAACCUCCGUCCUGGCGACCGAGUGGCUGUGGAGCCAGGCGUGCCUUGCGGAGAUUGUUUCCUUUGCCUUGACGGCCGUUAUAACCUCUGCGAAGAUGUCCAGUUCGCAGGUGUAUACCCUUACGCCGGAACAAUUCAACGAUACAAGACGCAUCCAGCAAAAUGGGUCCACAAGCUACCCGAUAACCUCACUUACGCCGAGGGUGCCCUCCUCGAGCCCCUCUCGGUUGUUAUGCGUGGAAUGUCAGUCGCUGGUCUGCAGCUUGGUCGCGGGGCCGUCGUCUGUGGUGCCGGUCCCAUUGGACUGAUCGCCUUGGCUGCGGCACGGGCGUCAGGUGCUCAUCCCAUCGUUGUUACAGACUUGGAGCCUAGUCGGUUGGCAUUCGCCAAGGAGUUCGUCCCAAGCUGCAUCACAUACCAGGUAAACCGCGAUCUAGAUGCCCAGGGCAAUGCCAAGGCAAUCCGAGCACUGUUCGGUUCAGAAGAAUACUUUGCGCCGGAGACGGUUCUCGAAUGCACAGGUGUGGAGAGCAGUGUAUGCACUGCUGCGUUCACAGCCCGACGAGGCGGUACCGUUGUGGUCAUUGGCGUGGGUAAAGCGGUGAUGAACAACUUGCCGUUUAUGCACAUCUCGCUGGCUGAGAUUGACCUGCGCUUCAUCAACCGCUACCGCGACACUUGGGCCCCAGCUAUCCAGUGCAUGAGUGGCGGAAUUCUGGAUCUCAAGAAACUUGUUACCCAUACAUUCCCAUUAGAACAGGCUGAGGGGGCGUUGCAGCUGUGCGCUAACCCGAAGAACCCGAGUAUCAAGGUCUUGGUCGUGGACGAGGUGGAAGCGACAUUGUAG